GACUUUCCAAUCUGCUUUUGCUUUUGCAAAAACCAAAAGCCAACCAAAGUUCUACAGCUGCUGCUAGUAGCCUAGUAGUAGCAAACAUAUGCUAGUUCUACCGGUGUAGAAUCAUUGGUUAGCCAGCCAUGAUCGCCGCUGUCCUUCUCGUUCUCGGCUUCAUGCUGUCCUCGACGGCCACCAACGCUGGCGAUCCCCUUGACCAAUUCUGUGGCAUCAGCAGCAAUAACAACACUACCAAGAGCACCGAGCUCCUAUCCCACAUGCUCGUUAAGAACGCCUCAGCCAAUCCAUCCCCCUUCGCCAAGGGCUCCAUUAGCGCAGUCUCGGGUACCAUCUACGGCCUCUUUCUUUGUCGAGGCGAUGUCGGCGCCUUCGACUGCAGCCAAUGCGCCACCAUCGGGUUCCAGGACGCACAACGUCUGUGUGAGUUCACUAAGGAGGCUACCAUCUUCUAUGAUCAGUGCCUCAUCCGCUUCUCCAACAAGGACUUCCUUGAUCAUGUUAGUCCUUUGGUGAGAGAUUAUAUCGUCGUACGCACGACUUCGGAUGCGUUGCCAGGUUUAUUGGAUCCCAACAGGCCCAACAGUGUCACCUUCAUCAACGACAUCAUCAAGGUCCUACUGCAGGAGACGGCUAAGCAAGCCGCAUACAACUCUACAUGGAGGUUCGCGACUGGACGCAUGGAUGUCAACGGCAACUUCGCGCCGCUGUACUCACUGAUGCAGUGCUUGCCCGAUUUGACACCUACUGACUGCUGGGAGUGCCUCAAGAAUAUCAGCGAGAUGGCAAUGAGCCGGCAAGGAAAUCAGGUUCUCACUGUGCCAUGUAAUUUGAGGUACGGCAUGGUUCAGUUUUAUGAAGGCCGACCCAUGUGGCGCAUCGUCAUACCGUCGGCGGAUGCUGUUGUGCCUCCAGAUCAUGUCAUGCCCACCAACCAGAAGCACAAGAGGAGCAUGAGCAAAGUUUUGGUCACCGCCUUGAUUGUACCACCACUUGCAUCAAUCUUUUGCUUCCUCUACUUCAUAUACAGCAGAAAGCACAGGAAAGGUUCACAGAAAAGGGUUAAAAUGAAAGUGAAGGAAGAUGAAGCCCUAGAUUGGGGACUGGAAGGAAGGAGUUCAGAGUUCACGGUUUAUGACUUCUCCCAAGUACUAGAGGCUACAUGUCACUUCUCAGAAGAAAACAAACUUGGGCAAGGUGGCUUUGGUCCUGUAUACAAGGGCCGAUUUCCUGACGGGAUGGAGAUAGCAGUUAAGAGACUUGCUUCGCAUUCAGGGCAAGGCUUCACGGAGUUCAAAAAUGAAAUUCAGCUAAUAGCUAAGCUCCAGCACACAAAUCUGGUUAGGCUCUUAGGAUGCUGCUACCAGGGACAGGAGAAACUACUGAUCUAUGAAUAUUUGCCAAAUAAAAGCUUGGACUUCUUCAUUUUUGGUAAUGAAACCAGAAGAGCUUUGGUAGAUUGGAACAAACGCCUAGUAAUAAUAGAUGGGAUAGCGCAAGGACUUCUGUAUUUACAUAAACACUCUCGAUUGCGUGUCAUCCAUAGAGAUCUCAAAGCAAGCAACAUUCUCUUGGACCAUGAAAUGAACCCAAAAAUUUCAGAUUUUGGGCUUGCAAAAAUAUUUAGCAAAAAUGACACUGAACAGAACACAAAGAGGAUCGUUGGGACAUAUGGUUAUAUGGCUCCAGAGUAUGCUUCAGAAGGCCUCUUCUCAGUCAAAUCUGAUGUAUUCAGCUUUGGUGUGCUAAUUCUUGAGAUUAUCAGCGGACAAAGAACAUCAAGAUUCCAUCGAUAUGGAGACUUCAUCAACCUUCUUGGGCACGCAUGGCAGUUGUGGAAAGAAGAAAGAUGGCUUCAACUCGUGGAUGCAUCGAUUGCCGAGUAUCGUACUCCAGGGAUGAUGAGAUGCAUUAAUAUUGCAUUGUUGUGUGUCCAAGAAAAUGCAGCUAAUCGACCCACCAUGUCAGAUGUGGUUGCCAUGCUAAGUAGUGAAAACGUGACGUUGCCUGAGCCUAAGCACCCGGCAUAUUUCCAUGUAAGGGUGACAGAGGAAGAGGAGUCCACACUUGUCGAGCCAUGUAGUCUCAAUGAUGUCACAAUAUCUGCACAUGAUAUGGAUGGGUUUAUUAGCAUGAAUUAGCACCAAAACAAUCAUGACUAGCAUGUCAUUCUCUACUACAUCAACAAGAGGACAUGCAUCCAUUGUCAUCACCCUUGUUUUUCCAUGAUAAGAAAAUGCAUGGCUGCUGUGCCAUACUCAUGCCUUCCGCCUUGACUGAGGUAUUUAUUGCAUUGUCUGCGGUAAUCCAAGAGCAAAUGAUAGAAAUAUUUCAGAUAUUGUUAUGUUUUGUAAUCAGUUUCUUGUAAUGAUAUGGGGUGUAACAAGCUAACAAUACAAAUACUGCCUGAUUGAAAAAGAUUUGUAUAACCGAUUCUGAAUCGUUGUUGUUC